CAUAUAGACUUACUGGCCCUUAGUCCGUGAUUGGCCAAAUUUCAAACAUCACACCAUCCAGGUCACGUUUGUUGAUCAGUGGCAAACCAGGCCUGUCGUACAGUAAUUCAAAUUCAAGGCGGAGUUGUGGGGGCCAGAACGAAGCUUUAAAAGACGAGGCCCCUCCGCUGGUUGGGCAUUCUACUUGCUCCAGCUUCCAUGACGCCGAGGUAACGCUGCGUUUUUCGCCGAACAAGCCCAUCCGACAACUGCCAAAAUGAAUGCGCUGACUGUGUUUGCCUCUUGCUGCUUUCUGCUUGGUCAGAUGGUGACAUGCUCUGCAAUGUCUCUCCGUGGCUAUCAGUGGGAAGAACAUCUGAUGCGGCUUAAACACGGGGGUAGCGCUGUGGCCACCUCGAGCCAGCUGGCUGUUUCCACUAUCUCCAGGUACAGCACCGUGGAUGUCCAGACUUUCCAACAGGACGAGAGCAGGGUAUUCAUCGGACGGCUUUGCGGUCAAUCGGUCGGGGACGCCGUGAACGUCACUGUACUCCUCAACAACAACCCUGGCUGGGAACCCGUCAAAGGGGUGGUGGAGUACUUCGUUAUCGAUUCCAACUAUCAGGAAGGUGUAUUGUGCAGCAACAAGGACUCGAACGGCUACGCAACCCCUAACUGUCUGAUCGAAUCCUGGCCCAACAAGUAUGAUAUUAUCGUCAUAGCCACUGCAGGCUCUGUGUCUGGUAUCGCCUUCACCUUGAAUGCGGAGUUCUACGAUGAGGGUACCGAAGCAGCUUCUUACGUCAAGGCUAAUUUACCAACGCGUCGCCAUGCGCCUUCUAACCUGGGUGCAUCAGUCAAGGAGCUCUCCAGGAAACCAGUGAUCCUGACCGAGUCGGUGUUGACGUUCCCUUCCGUCUCCCUUGGCUACCUGGAGGAGGCUCUGAUCAGCUUCACCUGGUGCGGCAACACAGAGACGCACAUUUUCGCCGUGGCUUCGACUAUCACAUCAGUGGACGGGGAGAGUAGUUUCGCACAGUACAUGUGUAAAACACUUCCGUGCGACGUUGGUGUGAACAACAUUGCUCACAAUGGCGACCAACUCCCGAGCAAUACUGUCCUGACAGAUCCCAUGACUAGCAAGGAGAACCUGUACGUCGUGGUCGUCAACUGGGGAGGGCCAUACGACGAAGAAGCCAACAAAUAUAUUGGCAAUUUUCUCUUCAACGCCGACCAAGUAAGAUACUAUUAAGAAUCGGCUCGGAUACUUCCCAAUAAGUCAUUUCGGUGUUCCGGUUUUCGAGUACGCAUGACAAACAUGGCCGAUUUCAAUAACAAGGCAACUGAACAGACAAACAAAAUGUAUCAUACUCAGCGUACUUUCCAAAUUGAAUCAAUGGCUUCAUAGCGUAUGUAGUUUCGUAAUAACGUUAAUUUAGAAGUGGCUACAUCAACCUUGUAGAAGUUUUGAAGUGCAAGUUUUAGUCGAUAUCACACACACUCUAUACAUUGUGUGAUCACAAACACGUACAAAACAAUAAGCACCGUUAACUUGUGAAAAUGUUUGAAGGGCACACGAAUACACGUAUGAUUGAUUAAUGCAUGUGGUUUGUUUGGUGAAAGGGUUCUACUGUUUGAUAACUUUUGUGGGUGGAGGGUUUUUAUAAACAGUUAUUUUUGAAAGAUUAAAACGCGGGAUUAACAUGUGUCAAUAUUGUUCCCGCUCUAACAACAAACCCUUAGAUUCGCCUUGUUUGCCAGAAAAAAACGCACGCACUGUCUCCACCGUUACUUUAUUGCACAACCAAGCGAGAUUUAAACUGUCCACUGAAACAAUGAAACAUGAUUCGCAGUGAUUAAAUGACGAUAAAAAACAUAGUCCUAUAGUCUAUCAGUUGGAAAGUGUAGAUACAUUGCCCGCUUGUUUAAAGUAGAAUGAUCCAAGCACCUGUUAUGUUAGAUUGAACCUAUCAGAACUGAAACUUCACUUGACCCUAAAUUUAACGAACUGAUUUUAAAUUAAUGCAUCCUGACAAAUUUUGAUUUCAGAGCUUCAAUUUGUCGACGUAUUCUACGUCCCCGAAAAUCCAAAGUUCUCCUAAAAUUGAUUAUUUCCUGUUUGUUGUAACUCUUCCUCUGAAGAAUGGCAAUUUUUAUUACGCAGCUAUUUUAAAGUGUACGAGAUCAGAUUACUCCAUAAUUAUGGUUGCAGCUAUUAAGGGCCUAUCCCGUCAAGUGUCAUAAAGGUUAAAAGUGCAGUGUUACUUCUAUAAUAAAACGUUUGGUGAGAGCAUGAUUUCCUA